GACAUCAGUAGCGGACAUCCGGUGGAGAGAGAACCGAUUUCGGCCAACACUCAUCACAUUAGUACUCGUAUGCUACUGUUAUGAAGCGAGAAUGAGCAGCGUAGAAGACAGCGGGAGCAAGUGCGCGUCGGGCCCCAUUUCCAGCUUCACUAUCCAGUCUAUUCUGGGCACCCCGUCCGAUCCGCCGCGCUCCGGGCCGAAGGAGAUCUCCGGCAAAGGGCUGCCGGCGCCGCGGAGGCGCUCUCUGUCCGUGUCCUCCGAGGAGGAGUGCAGCGCUGGAGAAGACUCGGCCGAUUGUUUUUGCUCGGACCCCGGCCACAGCGAGCCAUGCAACCAGCAUCAACCACGCAAUUUCUCUUGUUUAGGUGCAUCCAAAGGACUUCUGUCCGGCGGUGAUGGGCUUGCACGCCGGCCGCACCUGCCGCAACCGCUGCUACGCGACUACAAGGAGGAGCGGGAGAGCGCAUGCGGCCAGAUGUCUCCCCUGUCGGAGGAGCGACAGACGGACGGCGGUGCAGACAAACAGGGCCACUCGGCCAAGAAGAAGACGCGCACCGUGUUCUCCCGCAGCCAGGUGUACCAGCUGGAGUCCACCUUCGACAUGAAGCGGUACCUGAGCAGCUCCGAGCGGGCCUGUCUGGCCUCCAGCCUGCAGCUGACGGAGACCCAGGUCAAGACGUGGUUUCAGAACCGGAGGAACAAGUGGAAACGGCAGCUCUCCGCCGAGCUAGAGGCCGCCAACAUGGCACACGCCUCGGCACAGACACUGGUGGGGAUGCCGCUCGUUUUCAGAGAUAACUCCUUACUCCGGGUCCCCGUCCCCAGAUCCAUCGCUUUCCCGACGCCCCUCUACUACCCCGGGAGUAAUCUGCCAGCGUUACCGUUGUACAACCUGUAUAACAAGAUUGACUAUUGACUCUUCGGCGCCAUGACACGACACAAAAAAGCAGGCAUUACAAUGUAAUAACAUUCUUUAUAAAUGUCACGACAUAACCCGUGUAUGAUACCGAUUUAUUUGUUGAGAAUAUUCUUAUGCAGCAGCUGUACGUCUCGCAAAAGAAGCAAUCAACCUUCCCUAUAUGUAUAAAAUACACCAUGUGUAUAAUUAUAAUGUUUUUGUACUCCUCCACCCCACCCCACCCGCUCCUUCUUUUGGCCUGACUAAGAAAUAGGACAGAAUCACCGGGAUUCAAAGUUCCUCUCGCAACACAGGGAGACGGAGGAGAGGCGGUUUCAAACCGGAAGUCUCGAUGCAUUUCAAACCGUUUAUCUCUAUGAUCAGUCAUCCAAUCUAUAUAGUGGACCGUCUGUCGUUUGAUUUUCCUGUCGUCUUGAGCUCGUGACCCUAGCUGGCGGGAAAAGAAAUCUUCCAUGCGGACGGAAACGUCAUCGUUUUUACCGUAUAGUUUAGACCUCCGAAAAUAAUGUUCUCAUCCAAUAAAUUUUCUAUAUA